AUGUCAUCUUUCACAUUACCUAUAAGCAAUGUUGAAGAAUUACCUGAUGAAAUACUUUUAUUAAUUUAUCGAUAUUUAUCAUCGACUGAUAUUCUCUUCUCAUUCUAUGGUCUCAAUUCUCGAUUCUCUCAAACAAUCAGUGGUUUUUAUCAACACUUUGUUCUUGGACACGUUUCAUUUAAACAAUUCAAUUAUAUUUGCAAAUCAAUUCUACCCGAUAUUGGUAUCAAUAUUUGCUCAUUAGUUGUGAGUAAUGACUGGAAAGGCAUUCUUUCACAAAAAUUUCUUAACUACUUCAGUGACAAAAUAUCUUUGACAUUUCCACGUCUAAGGCGUUUGAUCCUCACUACGUUUCGUAUUGGUACAUUAAUGUCGUUUAUUGAUUGUUUUCAAAAUUUGCCUGAAUUAUUUGAACUCAAACUCAUUAGUUUGUAUGACGUAGACAAGGAAUCAGCUGAAUUAGAAAUUUUAUUGCACCGAAUUUUUACUGCAAAUAAUAAUCGGUUAACCUCAAUUUUGUUUGAUGAUGAUUCAUUAUCUUUUCCUUGUGUAAGUAAAGAUGAUAUAUGUUAUCCACACAUUGAAAAAUUAACUGUUGAAUUAAAAACCACACAUGAUCUUUAUGAACUUCUUACAGUAUUGCCUCAACUAAAAUUCUUGGAUGUAGCUAUCAAUGAUGUAUCCUCGAAGUUUCUCAAAGAAAUACAACAUAUUCCAGUUCUUACUUUAAAAAAAUUUCGAUUGCGUUCAUUUGUUCAUAAUUGGAAUCUUAAUGAACUUGCAUUAUUUUUAAAGCGCAUUCCUAAUGUUCAAGAACUCAUUAUUCAGAUUAAGACUAACUAUGAUAUUCGUUUGAUCGAUGGUCAACAAAUAUUUUCUUAUAUUUCAUCCUUAUCUCUAACAAAGUUUAGUUAUUUUCUUGAAUUUGACUAUUCACAAUCGUUUAAUUAUACAAGUUUUCUUUCGAAUUGGCAACAAUUUAAUCAAGAAUUUAUUUGUAUCGAAAGUGAUGAUAAUAAUACUCUAGUUCUAAUUACAUUACCUUUUGACUGUCCUUAUUUAUUUCUUCGAUGUUCAGUAGCUAAAAACAAAAUCUUUAUGAAUAAUUAUGGCUCUCAAGUUAAAUGUUUAACCUUACUUGAAGUUUCAACACAAUUAGCUGAAAUAUUCUCCAUUAUAACCAAAUGUCAUCGAAUACAAACUAUUGUUCUACGAACUGAUGAAACGAUUGUACCAAAAUCUACUCAACAAAUUCAACUUUGUAAAUUGCCUUAUCUUAAAUGUUUUGUGGCAUUGGAAAAAUCUUCCGUUAAUGCAGAUGAUUUUAGAAAAUUAUUAGAAAUAGCUCCUAAUUUAUAUCAUUUAGCAGUUAAUUACGAAUUUAUUGAACCAAUGUUUGACAAUAAAUCUGUGUGCUAUUUUCUAGAACAUCGUAUUACUCACUUAUUGAUCAAUGUAACCUCAAUAACGAGUCUUGAAUCAGCUGCUGCUUCGAUGUCUCAGCUUGCAAUUGUAUUUCCAUCUUUGAAACAUUUAUAUUUUUACAUAGAAACACAUGAUGGAUCUGUCGAAUCAUUAAUUUUGUCUGUUCUCAAGCAUUUAUGUAAAUGGAAUUAUCUCGUAUCAUUUGGUGUAGCAAAUAUAACAAUAGAUUCUAAAAUACUAACAAAAGGUAUCCGUGAAUGGGUACUCGAAAAUUCAUUUUUGAAUGAUAACGAUACAUUUCUUACUGAUUACAGUGCAGAAACAUUUCGUCUUUGGCUUUAA